CCAGCAUCCCAGGACUGCGGGCUGCAGCUGCCCGGCUGCCUGCCACCCUCCUGGCCCCUGAACCCAGAAUGCAAGGAUGGCCAGCUCAUCUCUGCCCACCCUGGUGCCCCUGGGCCCCCACUGCCUGCGCCCCUUCACUCCAGAGUCUCUGGCAGCCAUAGAGCAGCGGGCAGUGGAGGAGGAGGCCAGGCUGCAGCGGAACAAGCAGAUGGAAAUCGAGGAGACUGAGCGGAAGCCACGCAGUGACCUUGAAGCUGGCAAGAGCUUGCCACUCAUCUAUGGGGAUCCCCCACCAGAGGUCAUUGGCAUCCCUCUGGAGGACCUGGAUCCUUACUACAAUGACAAGAAGACCUUCAUCGUGCUCAACAAGGGCAAGGCCAUCUUCCGCUUCUCUGCCACACCUGCCCUAUACAUGCUGAGCCCCUUCAGCAUCGUCAGGCGUGUGGCCAUCAAGGUGCUCAUCCACGCGCUGUUCAGCAUGUUCAUCAUGAUCACCAUCUUAACCAACUGUGUGUUCAUGACCAUGAGCAACCCACCUUCUUGGUCUAAGGACGUGGAGUACACCUUCACAGGGAUUUAUACCUUUGAGUCCCUCAUCAAGAUGCUGGCCCGAGGCUUCUGCAUCGACGACUUCACAUUCCUCCGGGACCCCUGGAACUGGCUGGACUUCAGUGUCAUCACAAUGGCGUACGUGACAGAGUUUGUGGACUUGGGAAAUAUCUCAGCCCUGAGGACCUUCCGUGUGCUGCGGGCCCUGAAAACCAUCACAGUCAUCCCAGGGCUGAAGACAAUUGUGGGGGCCCUGAUCCAGUCAGUGAAAAAGCUUUCAGAUGUGAUGAUCCUCACCGUCUUCUGCCUGAGUGUCUUCGCCCUGGUGGGGCUACAGCUCUUCAUGGGAAACCUGAGGCAGAAGUGUGUACGCUGGCCUCCACCCUUCAAUGACACGAACACCACAUGGUACGGCAAUGACACAUGGUCUGGUAAUGACACGUGGCACAGCAACGACACGUGGUAUGGCAAUGACACUUGGAACAGCCAGGAGAGCUGGGCCAGCAACUAUACAUUUGACUGGGAUGCCUACAUCAAUGACGAAGGAAACUUCUAUUUCUUAGAGGGUGCCAAUGAUGCUUUGCUCUGUGGAAACAGCAGUGAUGCCGGGCACUGUCCUGAGGGUUACGAGUGUAUCAAGACUGGGAGGAACCCCAACUAUGGCUACACCAGCUAUGACACCUUCAGUUGGGCCUUUCUGGCUCUCUUCCGUCUCAUGACCCAGGACUAUUGGGAAAACCUCUUCCAACUGACCCUUCGAGCAGCUGGCAAGACCUACAUGAUCUUCUUCGUGGUCAUCAUCUUCCUGGGCUCCUUCUACCUCAUCAAUCUGAUCUUGGCAGUGGUGGCCAUGGCGUACGCUGAGCAGAAUGAGGCCACCCUAGCUGAGGACCAGGAGAAAGAGGAAGAGUUUCAGCAGAUGCUUGAAAAAUUCAAAAAACACCAGGAAGAGCUAGAAAAGGCCAAGGCUGUCCAGGCUCUGGAAGAUGGGGAGGUAGAUGGGGACCCAGCCCACAGCAAAGACUGUAAUGGCAGCCUGGACACAUCAGCCGGGGAGAAAGGACCCCCGAGGCCAAGCUGCAGUGCAGACAGUGGCAUCUCGGAUGCUAUGGAGGAGCUGGAAGAGGCCCACCAGAAAUGUCCACCAUGGUGGUACAAGUGUGCACACAAAGUGCUCAUAUGGAACUGCUGUGCCCCGUGGGUGAAGUUCAAGCACAUCAUCCACCUGAUCGUCAUGGACCCCUUCGUGGACCUAGGCAUCACCAUCUGCAUUGUGCUCAAUACCCUCUUCAUGGCCAUGGAGCAUUACCCCAUGACUGAACACUUUGACAAUGUGCUCUCCGUGGGCAACCUGGUCUUCACAGGCAUCUUCACAGCAGAGAUGGUGCUGAAGCUGAUCGCCAUGGACCCCUACGAGUAUUUCCAGCAGGGCUGGAACAUCUUCGACAGUUUCAUUGUCACCCUCAGCCUGGUGGAACUGGGCCUGGCCAACGUGCAAGGGCUGUCAGUGCUCCGCUCCUUCCGUCUGCUGCGUGUCUUCAAGCUGGCCAAGUCAUGGCCUACCCUCAACAUGCUCAUUAAGAUCAUUGGCAAUUCAGUGGGAGCACUGGGCAACUUGACACUGGUGCUGGCCAUCAUCGUCUUCAUCUUCGCUGUGGUGGGCAUGCAGCUAUUUGGCAAGAGCUACAAGGAAUGUGUAUGCAAGAUUGCCUUGGACUGCACCCUGCCCCGCUGGCACAUGCACGAUUUCUUCCACUCCUUCCUCAUCAUCUUCCGCAUCCUCUGUGGGGAGUGGAUCGAGACCAUGUGGGACUGCAUGGAGGUGGCUGGCCAGGCCAUGUGCCUCACUGUCUUUCUCAUGGUCAUGGUCAUCGGCAACUUGGUGGUCCUGAACCUAUUCCUGGCCCUCCUGCUGAGUUCCUUCAGUGCUGACAGCCUGGCAGCCUCGGAUGAGGAUGGCGAGAUGAACAAUCUGCAGAUUGCCAUCGGGCGCAUCAAGUGGGGCAUCGGCUUUGCCAAGGCCUUCCUUUUGGGCCUGCUUCAUGGCAAGAUCCUGAGCCCCAAGGAUAUAAUGCUCAGCCUUGGGGAGCCCGGGGAGGCUGGGGAGAGUGCUCUUGAGGAUGAGAAGAAGGAACCACCACCUGAAGAUGGGGACAAGGACCUGAAAAAGGACAAGCAUAUCCUGAACCAUGUGGGCCUGCCUGACAGCCCUCCCUCCAGCAUCGAGCUGGACCACCUCAACUUCAUCAACAACCCCUACCUGACCAUUCACGUGCCCAUCGCCUCUGAGGAGUCUGACCUGGAGAUGCCCACGGAGGAGGAGACUGACACAUUCUCGGAGCCUGAGGACAGCAAGAAGCCGCUGAAGCCCCUCUAUGAUGGGAACUCCUCCGUCUGCAGUACAGCUGACUACAAGCCCCCUGAAGAGGACCCUGAAGAGCAGGCUGAGGAGAACCCUGAGGGGGAGCUGCCUGAGGAAUGCUUCACCGAGGCCUGUGUGCAGCGCUGCCCCUGCCUCUAUGUGGACAUCUCCCAGGGCCGUGGGAAGAUGUGGUGGACGCUGCGCAGGGCCUGCUUCAAGAUUGUCGAGCACAACUGGUUCGAGACCUUCAUUGUCUUCAUGAUCCUGCUCAGCAGUGGAGCCCUGGCCUUUGAAGACAUCUACAUUGAGCAGCGACCAGUCAUCCGCACCAUCCUGGAAUACGCCGACAAGGUCUUUACCUACAUCUUCAUCCUGGAGAUGCUACUCAAGUGGGUGGCCUACGGCUUCAAGGUGUACUUCACCAACGCCUGGUGCUGGCUUGAUUUCCUCAUUGUGGACGUCUCCAUCAUUAGCCUUGUGGCCAACUGGCUGGGCUACUCUGAACUCGGACCUAUCAAAUCCUUGCGCACACUGCGAGCCCUGCGUCCCCUGAGGGCACUAUCUAGAUUUGAGGGCAUGAGGGUGGUGGUGAACGCCCUUCUGGGAGCCAUCCCCUCCAUCAUGAAUGUGCUCCUUGUCUGUCUCAUCUUCUGGCUCAUCUUUAGCAUCAUGGGCGUCAAUUUGUUUGCUGGAAAGUUCUACUACUGCAUCAACACAACCACCUCAGAGAGAUUUGAUAUCUCUGAGGUCAACAACAAGUCUGAGUGUGAGAGCCUCAUGCAUACGGGCCAGGUCCGCUGGCUCAACGUCAAGGUUAACUAUGACAACGUGGGUCUGGGCUAUCUCUCCCUCCUACAGGUGGCCACUUUCAAGGGUUGGAUGGACAUCAUGUAUGCAGCCGUGGACUCCCGGGAGAAAGAGGAGCAGCCACAAUAUGAGGUGAACCUCUAUAUGUACCUCUACUUUGUCAUCUUCAUCAUCUUUGGCUCCUUCUUCACGCUCAACCUCUUCAUUGGUGUCAUCAUCGACAACUUCAACCAACAGAAGAAGAAGUUUGGAGGAAAAGAUAUCUUCAUGACAGAGGAACAGAAGAAAUACUACAAUGCUAUGAAGAAGCUCGGCUCCAAGAAGCCCCAGAAGCCUAUUCCUCGGCCCCAGAACAAGAUCCAGGGCAUGGUAUACGACUUCGUGACAAAGCAGGCAUUUGACAUCUCCAUCAUGAUCCUCAUCUGCCUCAACAUGGUCACCAUGAUGGUAGAGACGGAUGACCAGAGCCAGCUCAAGGUGGACAUCCUGUAUAACAUCAACAUGGUCUUCAUCAUCAUCUUCACAGGAGAGUGUGUACUCAAGAUGUUCGCCUUGCGUCAGUACUACUUCACCAUCGGCUGGAACAUCUUUGACUUUGUGGUUGUCAUCUUGUCCAUUGUGGGUCUCGCGCUCUCUGACUUGAUCCAGAAAUAUUUUGUGUCACCCACGCUGUUCCGUGUGAUCCGCUUAGCACGAAUUGGGCGCGUCUUGCGUCUGAUCCGUGGGGCCAAGGGUAUCCGGACCCUGCUCUUUGCCCUUAUGAUGUCACUGCCCGCUCUCUUCAACAUCGGCCUCCUCCUCUUCCUAGUCAUGUUCAUUUACUCCAUCUUCGGCAUGUCCAACUUCGCCUAUGUCAAGAAAGAGUCAGGCAUCGAUGACAUGUUCAACUUUGAGACUUUUGGCAACAGCAUCAUCUGCCUCUUUGAGAUUACCACAUCGGCUGGCUGGGAUGGACUUCUGAACCCCAUCCUCAACAGUGGGCCCCCAGACUGUGACCCCACAUUGGAGAACCCAGGCACCAAUAUCAGAGGUGACUGUGGUAACCCAUCCAUCGGCAUCUGCUUCUUCUGCAGCUACAUCAUUAUCUCCUUCCUCAUUGUGGUCAACAUGUACAUUGCCAUCAUCCUGGAGAACUUCAAUGUGGCCACCGAGGAGAGCAGUGAGCCCCUCAGUGAGGAUGACUUCGAGAUGUUCUAUGAGACCUGGGAGAAGUUUGACCCUGAUGCCACUCAGUUUAUCGACUACAGCCGCCUCUCCGACUUUGUGGAUACCCUACAGGAGCCAUUGAGGAUCGCCAAGCCCAACAAGAUCAAACUUAUCACUUUGGACCUGCCCAUGGUGCCAGGGGACAAGAUCCAUUGCCUGGAUAUCCUCUUUGCCCUAACCAAAGAGGUGCUGGGAGACUCGGGGGAAAUGGAUGCCCUCAAGCAGACCAUGGAGGAGAAGUUCAUGGCAGCCAACCCGUCCAAGGUCUCCUAUGAGCCUAUCACUACCACACUCAAAAGGAAGCAAGAGGAGGUGUGUGCUAUCAAAAUCCAGAGGGCCUACCGUCGCCACCUGCUGCAGCGCACUGUGAAGCAGGCCUCAUACAUGUACCGCCACAGCCAAGACGGCAAUGGUGAUGGGGCCCCUGAGAAGGAGGGACUGAUUGCCAGCACCAUGAACAAGAUGUAUGGUCCUGAGAAUGGGAACAGUGGUAUGCAGAGCCAUGGGGAGGAGAAGGAGGGCUCUACAGGGGAUGCUGGACCCACCACACCUGCCAGCCCCUCAGACACAGCCCUGACUCCUGCUCCACCACCACCCCCUCCACCACCACCACCAGGGCAGACAGUGCGCCCAGGGGUCAAAGAGUCUCUUGUCUAGAGGGCAAUAUCAGGGUGGCCAGCUGAGCAUUGGCACAGGUCUGAAGCUCCUGUGAAGGGGCUACGUGCAGAGUGAGGGUAACAGGCCUUUGAAUCUGAGGCU